UAUCAAGGUCCCAGGCUAUGGAUUCAUCAGCAAACAAGAAAUUUAGAUUUCUAACUUUGUUUUUUGAAAAAAACUUUUUUUAGGGUUAACAAUUGGUAACCGAUUGUCUUUCUCUCUUCUAAACUUCAUUUUCCUUUCUUUGUAACUUGCUUUCUUCAGCAUUCGCUGUUUGGAUUCAUCAACUUUAUCCUGUAAAGCUUCUUUUAUCCAAAUUAUAAUAUCUUGUUUAGCUUACAGCAGAACCUUGUAAGCCAAGUCUAGCGGUCUUGAAGUGUCACCCUCCUCUUUUCAUUAGCGAAAGUUUUUCUUAUUCUUUUCGUUGGUCUUCCUGUCUCUCUCGUCUCUUUUCUUUCCCCUCCUCCUCGUUACUCUAGCGAUUUCUUUCUUUUUCUUGACAGACUCGCUCUUUUCUCUUCUUGCAACAUAUUCACAAGAUGGCAAAGGUCUUGACAAUUGUCAUGCUGGUCUUUGUGUCCAUGGCCGGAUGGAUGUUCGGUGCUGACACAGGAUCCAUUGGUGGUAUCACAAACAUGCGCGACUUUCAAUCACGAUUUGCAGAUAAAUAUGACAAGGAAACAGAUACUUAUUCGUAUUCAUCCGCGAGACAGGGUUUGUUGACUGGUAUGGUCAACAUUGGAUCCUUCACUGGAUGUAUUCUUUCCUCUCCUUUAGCUGAUCGCAUCGGUAAACGUACUUCUAUCAUUGUUUGGACAAUCAUUUACUUGAUUGGUAUUAUUAUUCAAGUUACUGCAGUCCCUUCUUGGGUUCAAAUCAUGGUCGCAAAGAUGUGGACUGGUCUCGGUAUUGGUGCUCUCUCUGUAAUUGCUCCUGGUUAUCAAUCUGAAGUUGCUCCUGCCGCGAUGCGUGGUGCCAUUGUCACUACUUACCAACUAUUCAUUACCGCCGGUAUUUUCAUCGCCGCUUGCAUCAACAUGGGCACUCAUAAACUCCAAAAGACUGCUCAAUGGCGUAUUCCUAUGGGCAUUAACUUGCUCUGGGGUAUCAUUACUCUUGUCGGUAUUCUGUUCCUUACCGAAUCUCCUCGUUACUUGAUUUCCGUUGGCAGAGAUGAAGCAGCUUUGCAAAUUAUGUGCAAGAACAAUGACUUGCCUCUUGAACACGAAGUCAUUCAAGCUGAAUACCAUAUGAUCAAAUCGGACUGUGAAGCUGAGUUGGCUGGCGGUCCUUGCACCUGGUCUCAAGUCUUCGAUAAGCAAAUUCGCCAUCGUACUCUUCUUGGUAUUGCUGUUAUGUCUCUUCAACAACUCACUGGUAACAACUAUUUCUUCUAUUACGGUACUCAAGUGUUCCGUGGUACCGGUUUGAACUCUCCUUUCUUGGCUGCUUUGAUUCUUGACGCCGUCAACUUUGGCUGUACCUUUGGUGCCAUCUUCGUCCUAGAGUACUUUGGUCGUCGUAACCCUCUCAUUAUCGGUGGUGUUUGGCAAUCAAUUUGCUUCUUCAUUUACGCCUCUGUUGGUGACAAGGCUUUGAAGCGUCCUGAUGGAUCCUCUAACCAUCGUUCAGGUGCUGUCAUGAUUGUCUUCUCUUGUCUCUUUAUUUUCUGCUUUUCUCAAACCUGGGCUCCUGCAGCAUACGUUAUUGUUGGUGAAUCCUAUCCCAUUCGUUACCGUUCCAAAUGUGCUGCCUUGGCUACCUCGGGUAACUGGACUUGGAACUUUUUGAUUUCGUUCUUUACUCCCUUCAUCACCAACUCCAUCGGCUUCAGAUACGGUUAUGUCUUUGCUGCUUGCAACUUGACUGGUGCUAUUAUUAUUUUCCUCUUCGCCCAUGAGACAAAGGGUCUUACCUUGGAAGAAAUCAAUCUCGUUUAUACCUCGGGUGCCAAACCCUGGAUGCCCCGUCCCAAGAACAUUGGAGACUACUCCCGACACCAAGACGAAGCUCUUGAGAAGUCUCGUGGUGUUCGUGGAGAAAGCUCCAAGUUUGUUGAACACGCUGGAGCUUCAAAAGACAGUGUUGACAGCUCCGCCGGAAGCAGCAGCCCUAUUGCUGCAGGCAAGCAUGAAGCUGCUCAUAUUGACCAAAAAGAUCGCUUUGCUUAAUUAAUUAAUAAUUCAUAGGAUCUGUUCUGACAAAAAAAUUUCUCCUAUGUUUCCCCUUCCUUGCUGUUUUCAUUUCUCCUUCAUCGUGCCAUUAGUUCUUCUUAGUUGGCACACUAUCGAACCUUGCAUUGCAUGUCCCUAAAUCCUUCUACUUUGUACAAAAUUUUUCAGAUAAUUACUAAUUGUGAUAUUUUUAUGUUUUUCUUGUUUAAUUGAUACACGUUCGAUACGAACUUAUUAUAAAUCGAUUCAAAGAGUUUUUUGCCUUUUUUUUUUGAAAUGGUUAAUGGAUUGAAUCGAAGAAAAAUAAAUGCAUAUUUUAUUAAAAAAUAA